AAAAUCAAAAAAAUGCAAUAUGAGAUAUCUUAAAUAGAUUUAACUUUACAGACAAUAUAUAAGCUGUUACAUUUGAUUGUACAGGAAUCAACACUGGAAACAAAAAUGGAGCUGUGUCUUUAUUGGAAAAAUGAAGUCUUUGAAGGUCCUUCAAUUGCAUGCCGACAUCAAGUCAAUAAGCUACACAUAACACAUAUCUGGAAAAAUUAUCAAAGAAACUAUUACUUCUGGACCAGUUAAUCUGCUGUUUAAAACUUUAAAAUCAGUUUGAAAUGAUCUUGAUGCAGACAACCAGAUUUAAUUAAACAAAAUCAAGAUGAAUAUACUGCAUUCCAAUUUUUUAUCACUCCAUAUUAUGUUAAUAGAAACCAAGAAACUUCUUCGUCAAAAGUUUUUAUAUUCAUUUAAAGAAAUAUAUAAUGUUGAAUGGGCAGAUGAAAAUGAAAAUGAUUUUUUUGUUAAUGGAGAUGGCAAAGAAAUUCAAAAUAGUUGCAAAAAAGUACAAAAAACUUCUUUAGAUUCUAAAAACUCAAAUGAAUGGGAUAUUACUCUUUUGUGUACUAUAUUGUCAUCAAAGCUAUUUUUGAAAAAAAAUAUGUACUCCUUGCAUUUAAUCCAAAAAAUAUCAUCAGUACGAAAUCGAAUAUGUCAUUCACCCACAUUAGAAAUAACAGAUAAAUCUUUUGAUGAACUUUCAAAUGAGCUGACCCCAUUAAUGUUAGAAUUAGGAGCAUCUAAAGAGCUUGUUUUAGAAUUGAAAAAUAGCAAAAGGUUUCAAACUAACAAAGUUGACCUAGACAAAAAUGCUAAACUUCUUAAGGAAUCUGCAAAUGAGGAGUUUAAGAAUAAAAAUUACGAACGUGCAAUCGAAAUCUAUACUUCUGCAAUUGUUUUGCCUAAUUUAACAAAUCAAGAACUUGGUAUAUUGUAUCGUAAUCGAUCAUUAUCUUAUUUAAAACUGUAUGAAAAAACAAAGGAUGCUAUUAAUUUAGAUUGUGCAGUUGCAGAUGCAAAGAAAACAUGUUUUUAUCAACCAGUGUGGUUUAAAGGAUAUGCACAACUUGGUGACAUAUAUCACACAAUAAAUGAGCUGCAAAAAGCAGUUAAAAACUAUGAAAAAGCUCUUGCAUUUAGUACAAAUAAUGAUGAGGUGAAAAAUAGUUUAGCUUCUUUAAAAGUCAAACUUGGAGAACAGUAUAGACAAGAACAUUUGAUAAAAUUGCCACUUUCAACUGAAGAGCAAGAAGACCAAUUUUUAAUGCAAUUUCGAAAAUAUUUUCCAAAUUCAAAAAAUUUAAAUACCUAUUAUUCAGAAAUGAAAAAUUUCUUUAUUAAAGCAGACCCUAUUUUGAAAGAUGUCUGGACUGGACAUGAGUAUCGUGAUGGCUCAAAAAAUGUCAAACAAAACUAUGAAAUAGCUGCAAAGUACUAUAGUAAAGCAGCACAAAGUAACAAUGCUGAAGGUAUGUAUAACUUAGCUUGUUUAAUGAUGGGGGGAUCAGGGGUUAAAGUAGACUUCAAAGCUGCAUUAAGUCUGCUAAACGAGGCUGCUAAGCAAAAACCCACUCGUAAACUUAUGGGUAAAGAAAUUCCAAAUGUAGGUGUUAAAGAAGCUGAACAUAGAUUAGGUUUAGCCUACCAAGAAGGUACUUAUGUACCUAAAAACGAAGUAAUUGCAUCGAAAUGGUAUCAUUUAGCUGUGCAGCAUGGUUGUUCACAAUCUGCUAAUAACCUUGGUUUAAUGUAUUUUCAUGGUUAUGGUGUUCCCAAAAAUAUCAAACAAUCUAAAAAACUAUUUACUUUUGCUCAUGAAAAUGGUGAUGUUAAUGCUUCUUCGAAUCUAGUUAAUCUAUAUCUUCAAGAAUUUGACGCAGAUAGAGCAUUAGUGUGGCAUGAAAUAGCUAUUCAAAAAUCUUAUUUUUCAAAAAUGCAAGAUGGUAAUAUAAGGGAAAAAAUUGAAAGCAUUAAAAAAAUCCAAAAUAUUAAAGAUUUUAAUGAAGUAUUUCUUCCUAUUAAAAAAUAUCUUCAACAUUUUGAAAAUUCAUUAUUUGUUCCAUCUGCAGUUUUACAUAAAGCCAGUAAAUUUAACAUUGAAGAGCUUUGUUUAAAUUCAAAAAACGGAUCAAUAACAGCUAGCCAAAUGCUUAAAGCUUUUUAUUUAUUUUACGGUGCCCUUGAUAUGCUUAAAAAUAAAAGCUUUAAUGAAGAAGAUUUUUUAGGAAUGCUUGCAACAGCAUUUGUAACGUGCCAGAUUAUUUGUUUGAUGCCUAAAAACAUUGAAGCUGAUGUAUUAAAAAUAGUUAACUCAAUUAUCCAAAAAAACAACAAUCAAAAGAGUGAAAUAGAUUAUUUUGCACGUAUUUGUUUUGCUUACUUAAACUGUGGUGAUUAUAAUUUAUUAAUUAAUUUUCUUACAUCAUCACUUAAAAUAUAUCCUAGUGAUGGUGAAAUGCUUCACUUGCUAGGAUGUAGUUAUUCAUUUCUGCAUCAAUAUAAGAAUGCGUUGAAAGUAUUUGAGUUAGCUUGCUCAACAGAUCCAUCGAAUUACGAAUAUGUUUACAGCAAAGCUGUUGUUUUACGAUUACUUGAAAAUUCAGAUGCAAAACAGUUUUAUGAAAAAUUUAUUUCCAUAGCACCAGCUGAUCAUCGUAAGAUACCAGAAUCAUACUAUAGUAUUGGAUUAUGUUUUUUUAAACAAGAUCAGGAUAGUUUUAAAAAUAGUUCUAUAAUUACAUUCUAUUACAAUAAAGGUCUAGAAAAUGAAAAUCUUCAACUCUCAUGUUUUUUACCUUAUGAAAGCAAUUCAAAAGUAUGUAUAGAAACUUUCCUAAAUGUUUUCAAGCUUGAAACUAAAAAACUAACCGAAAGUUUACCAAAAAUAAUUGAACCCAUUAAUAAAAGUAAUAAUAUAUUUGUUGAUUACAAAAGAAAAGAAACAAUUGUUAAUCAUCGAAAAAUGUUCGAUAUGGUAAAAGGGAUUAAAAAUAAACAUCUUAUAUAUAAAAAAAUAACUUUCAAACCACUGCAAACCCAAAUAGUUCCAACCUCAGUUAUAGGUCUUAAGAAAGUUUUUUUUGAAGAUAUAGAUUUUACAAAAGAUUAUCUUCUCACUGGCUGUGUGUUGACUGUUACAAAUAUUGACAUCCCAAUAGUUGGCUUAUUUACUUCAGUUCAUUUUGUAGUCGAAGAUGAGAAUGAAAUUGUUGUAAAGUUAUGCAUUUAUAAUCUCGGUGAAGAUUACCAAUUAAUAAACAAUAUGUUUCCAGUUGGUUGCAUCUUUUCAGUUAUUGAUCCUUACGUAAGAUUGGCUGUUGAUGGCAAACCAAUGAUUAGAGUUGAUGAUCCUAAUUCAAUAAUUAUGUCUGAAAAAAUUAAAAUAGACAUGUGUUUGUAUUGCAGUAAAGAGAAAUCAAAGUACACUUGCUCAAAAUGUAAAGUUGCUAAAUACUGCACCAAAGAAUGCCAAUGUAAUGAUUGGAAAUUACUUAAACAUAAAAGUGCUUGUAAUUUUCUUUCGUGUAAGCAAUAGAUUUAAAAUUUAAAAUUAUAA